AUGCAUAGCACAUCGCCCCUUCCCUCAACAAUGUUGUUUUGCCUGUUGUGGCAUCUAUUUAUGACAGUCGCAUUAGCACAGAGCGACUGCGAAAAGGACGGCGACACUUCAACAUACAAUUCAGACGGUCUAAUCGUUCCAUUCAAGAACCUCUGCGGGAAAGACAUCGAAGCGCCACUCGAUUACUUUUCAAGCUCCGAGUUAAGACGUUCAGACUGCAUCGAUCGCUGCGUCCAACGAGCACCAUUGUGCUAUGGCUUUGAUUACACGCCAUAUGUCGGUAACUCGAAGAACUGCUGGCUGAUGAAUGGCACAUUCGAAGCAAGCAAUGCUACAUACCGAAAAUUUGUUGCUGAUGCAGCAAUGUUGGACCCCAACCUCGCGGUUAAGCUUCCCCAAGACUGUCAGAGACUGAGUUUACGAGACUGUCUUGAACGAAACAGCCAAAUCAUCCCCGCAGCAUCGGUUUCAGCAACACCGACAGCUUCGUCAUCUUCGACAUCUACUGCAGAGACGCCGACAGGUAGUGGACAGACAACAGGAGACUCUGGAGGACUAUCAGUGGGUGCUAAAGCAGGCAUCGGUGCUGGCGUUGGGCUUGCCGCUUUGACUGCUCUCCUCGGUGGAAUAUUAUGCGUACUCAAACGUGUGAAGCAGAAAAGAGCGGCCCCCAACUCUGCUAUUCUCUCGAAAGGGGUGCAGCAAACGGACCAAGGCAGCGUGUAUCCGCAGCAAAAGAUGGAGUCUCAAACUUACGCGCACAUGAAGGCGAACUCAGCGGGACUUACGGCACCUAACGCAGCCAAAGCGGCAUCCAUUGUUGAACAGAUACACGAGAUUGACGGAAGCCCUCGUCAUGAAAAAUGA